AGCCAUCUGGUUGACUGGAAUGGAUGUCAUCCAGCCACACGUCAGAAGGCGAGCGGCGCCCGGCGUCUAGCUCUCAGUCGCACUGGGGACAUGCGGGCCCGCGCACGCCGACUUCCGCCGCGCUGUCGCCGCCCCACGGCUCCGCUGCCCGCAGUCGCCUGCCGCCGGCCACGUGGGCGACGCCGCCGCCCCUGGACCCGACACCGACACCGCCGCCACCGCGUUUUACCUGCUUUCCAGCGCCGCGUCACGUGGUCCGUGACGUCACCGCCCGGGGAGUCUCCGCGCCACCGACGAAGCCUGCUUUGUUGAUCGAUGCGGUGUCACGCUGACGAAGAGAAAUGUGCAUCAGUGUCUUAGCUACCUGUCUAGUAGGUUUCCCUGGCCAUUAACCGGCGUUCAGACGCCCAACCAGGGUCACAUUUCCGCUCGAGGAACGUUGCAGUUGCUUGUGUGAACAUCCAGUUCUCCGUGGCGUCUCUGCAGUGCUGCCAUUUUCUGCCGUGCCACUAAAAGUUAAAGGCGGCUGUAUUUUGUUACGGAAGUUUGCUUCCUCCACCACUGGACAGCACCAUUCAGAUUGCUGCCUGCUGUUUCGAAACACCAGCAUUCUCUACCAGUUUUCGUGGCAGUACUGCUGCUGUGAUCCGUUGCAUUUCAAUGUGAAGUGUAAUAACACUGCACCAACAACCGUUAUUUUGAUAUCGUUUUAUUAGGCAACCAGUGUCGACGUUCCAAUCAAGUCAUCUUCAGGCCUGUCACAUGAAGAACACUAAGUACUACUCGUGCAUCUAAAGACAAGGCACCAAUAGUCGUAACUGGUUCCGUAGAUAUCCAGACUUCAAGACUAUGUGUUCUCUUCACGAAUGUGACAGUUGUCCUUUUCUUACGAAAAAAAGUAAAAAGUAGUGAUCACUUGUA